AUGAAGAAGAUGAGCAACAUUUAUGAGUCAGCUGCCAACACGCUGGGAAUCUUUAACAGCCCCUGCCUGACCAAAGUCGAACUGCGUGUGGCGUGCAAAGGGAUUUCUGACAGAGAUGCUCUGUCCAAGCCGGACCCCUGUGUCAUCCUCAAGAUGCAGUCUCACGGGCAGUGGUUUGAGGUGGACAGGACGGAGGUGAUCCGUACCUGCAUAAACCCGGUGUACUCCAAACUGUUUACGGUGGACUUUUACUUUGAAGAGGUUCAGCGUCUCCGGUUUGAAGUCCAUGACAUCAGCAGCAACCACAAUGGGCUGAAGGAGGCUGACUUCCUGGGUGGCAUGGAGUGCACGCUUGGCCAGAUUGUGUCCCAGAGAAAGCUUUCCAAGUCCUUGCUGAAGCAUGGGAACACGGCGGGGAAGUCCUCCAUCACGGUGAUUGCCGAAGAGUUAUCAGGCAAUGACGACUACGUGGAGCUUGCUUUCAAUGCACGGAAAUUGGAUGAUAAGGAUUUCUUCAGUAAAUCCGACCCAUUUCUGGAAAUUUUCAGAAUGAAUGAUGACGCAACUCAGCAGCUUGUGCACCGGACGGAGGUUGUGAUGAACAACUUAAGCCCAGCCUGGAAGUCAUUCAAAGUAUCGGUGAAUUCUCUGUGUAGUGGAGAUCCUGACCGCCGGCUGAAGUGCAUAGUGUGGGAUUGGGACUCCAAUGGCAAGCAUGACUUUAUCGGAGAAUUCACCUCCACUUUCAAGGAGAUGAGAGGAGCCAUGGAAGGGAAACAGGUACAAUGGGAAUGCAUCAACCCCAAGUACAAGGCCAAGAAGAAGAAUUACAAGAACUCAGGCAUGGUGAUUCUGAAUCAGUGUAAGAUCCACAAGAUGCAUUCCUUCUUGGACUAUAUCAUGGGUGGCUGCCAAAUCCAGUUUACAGUAGCUAUAGAUUUCACAGCCUCUAACGGAGACCCCAGAAACAGCUGUUCCCUGCACUAUAUCCACCCAUACCAGCCCAAUGAGUACCUGAAGGCCUUGGUGGCUGUGGGAGAGAUUUGCCAAGAUUACGACAGUGACAAAAUGUUCCCGGCUUUUGGGUUUGGUGCCAGGAUACCCCCUGAGUACACGGUCUCUCAUGACUUUGCAAUCAACUUUAAUGAAGAUAACCCAGAGUGUGCAGGAAUUCAAGGAGUUGUGGAAGCCUACCAGAGUUGUCUUCCCAAACUCCAGCUUUACGGCCCCACCAACAUUGCUCCCAUCAUUCAGAAGGUUGCCAAGUCAGCUUCAGAGGAGACCAACACCAAGGAGGCAUCGCAAUACUUCAUCCUGCUGAUCCUGACAGAUGGUGUCAUCACCGACAUGGCCGACACCCGGGAGGCCAUCGUCCAUGCCUCGCACCUGCCCAUGUCAGUCAUCAUCGUGGGAGUGGGGAACGCUGACUUCAGUGACAUGCAGAUGCUGGACGGUGACGACGGAAUUCUCAGGUCACCUAAGGGAGAGCCCGUCCUUCGAGACAUCGUCCAGUUUGUGCCCUUCCGGAACUUCAAACACGCGUCGCCAGCUGCCCUCGCAAAGAGUGUGUUGGCCGAAGUCCCAAAUCAAGUCGUGGACUAUUACAACGGUAAAGGGAUUAAACCAAAGUGUUCAUCGGAAGUGUACGAGUCUUCCCGGACACUGGCACCAUGA